AUGGUGAAUGAAGAAGGGAUAGUGGAGCAGCGCCAUUCGCGUAGAUACAGCUUCGUCGAUUUUCCUUCACUGAGCGACGUAAACGCCACGAACGGCGUAACAUUGCCAGGCCUAGCAACGGCAUUUUUGCAAAACGAUCCACGCGUUUCAAGUCCGGAUGAAGAACCGGAUGAGGGGCAAGAUGCAGCCAAUAAGUCAAAGCUCUGUGUUUUUUUUUUUGCACAGAUUAAGACUGCUCAAUGGCGCCAGUACGAACAAAUAAUUCAGAGGAAGUGGAGCAGUAGCAGCGAAGUGGGAUACUGUUCAUAUGCAUUUUUUUCGGCAAAUCCAGCUCUUUAUAUUUCUCGAUAUUCCGCCACCGCAAAGAAGAGGAUUGAAGAUUUUUGA